AUGGGGACCCCCUCCCCGUGGGCAGUGCUGGUGCUAACUGUGGUGCUGGUGGGGAUCUCAACUCCCAGUGUGGUGUACGGGCAACCCAACUUCAUCAUCAUUCUGGCAGAUGAUGUGGGCUGGGGGGACCUUGGGGCCAACUGGGCCGAGACGAAGGAGACCCCACAUUUGGAUGAGCUGGCAGCUGAAGGGACAAGGUUCGUGGAUUUUCACUCGGCCGCCUCCACCUGCUCGCCGUCCCGCGCCUCUCUGCUCACGGGGCGCCUUGGGGUGCGCAAUGGGGUCACCCACAACUUCGCCGUCACCUCGCUUGGCGGCCUGCCCCUGAACGAGACCACCCUGGCCAAGGUCCUGCGGGAGGCUGGGUACAGCACGGGGGCCAUAGGCAAGUGGCACCUGGGACACCACGGCCGCUAUCACCCCAACUUCCGCGGCUUCGACUACUACUUCGGGAUCCCCUACAGCCAUGACAUGGGCUGCACCGACACCCCUGGCUACAACCGACCACCCUGCCCACCCUGCCCGCGGCACGGGGCUUCCAGUGCUGGCUCUGGGAGGGUGGCGAGGAAGGACUGCUACACGGAGGUGGCCCUGCCUCUCUUUGAGAACGUCGCCAUCGUGCAGCAGCCCGUCAACCUCAGCAGCCUGGCGGCUCACUACGCCGAGGAGGCGGCACGCUUCAUCCGGCGAGCCAGCGAGAGUGGCCGCCCCUUCUUCCUCUACCUGGCACUGGCCCACAUGCACGUCCCGCUGGGGGUCCCCUCGCUGUCACCCUCCUCUGCCUCAGAUGGGGGCAUCUACGGAGCCUCCCUGCGUGAGAUGGAUGCCCUGGUGGGACGGAUCAAGAGGGUCGCUGACCACCACGGCAAGGGCAACACGCUCCUCUGGUUCACAGGUGACAACGGCCCCUGGGCACAGAAGUGUGAGCUGGGGGGGCGCCCGGGGCCCUUCGUUGGGGCCUGGCAGCGGCAGAGAGGCGGGAGCUCGGCGAAGCAGACGACGUGGGAAGGAGGGCACCGGGUGCCGGCGCUGGCGUACUGGCCCGGCCACGUCCCUGCCAAGCGGACGAGCCCCGCUCUGCUCAGCACCCUGGACAUCUUCCCUACGCUGGUUGCCCUGGCUGGGGCGGCUCUUCCCCCGAACCGGCGCUUUGAUGGCUUGGACGUGUCCCCCGUCCUUUUUGGGUGGUCGGAUGUAGGGCACAAGGUUCUGCUCCACCCCAACAGUGGGGCAGCGGGGAAGGACGGGGAGAUUGAGACGCUGCGGCUGGCUCAGUACAAGGCAUUUUACACCACAGGAGGGGCGAUGGCUUGCGACGGGAGCGUUGGGCCAGCGCAGCAUCACCACCCACCCCUCGUUUUCAGUCUGGAUCGCGACAUCCAGGAGCAGGAGCCUUUGGAUGCAGCGUCCAGGGAGUAUCAGGCAGCGCUGCCCGCGAUCAGCAGGGCUUACACCCGAGCGCUGGAGGACAUCGCUACGGACAACAUCUCGCUUGCGGAUUACUCCAAAGACCCGGCCGCGACGCCCUGCUGCAAUGCCCAGCACGUGGCCUGCCGAUGCCAAGCGCUGGACCACGGCACGGGAAGAAGAGCCCCGUGGCUUUGUCUUUAA